UACUGUUUGUUUAUGUUGAAGAGUACAGACUUUAUACCCGGUUGUGACAUAAUUUCGUAGUUGGUUUUAUAAUCUAACUAAAGGCCUAAAAAUUAUGAUCUGGUUUUAUGCUCAGUUGAGUUUGUAUUAAUUUUUGAAAAGGUUGAUAUAAGUUUUGUACUGUUAACUGAGGUCUAACCUGUAACCCACAAGCUAUUUUAAGGUUACCCCAAUAACUGUAGUACUAUAAUGAAAAUAAAAGGAUUUAGUGACUUAAAUAUAUCCAUACCUUAUGAGGAGUUUACACCCAAUCAUGCCCAGGAACUAAUUGAUCUGGGAUAUCAGACUGUUGCAUUGACUACAACAGUUGAGGAGGAAUCAAGUAACACUCCAAAAAAGAAGAAAAAUAAUCCAAACAAAGAAGUUAUUCCAGCUCCAAAACACCUUAAUGCUAAGAUAAAUGAAGAACUAACCCGAAAGCUACAAAUCUUACAUCGGUUGACGGUGUACUUCUCAGAUGCUAAUCAGUUGCAGAAACUGUGUAAAUCAGAUAAUACAAAGAAGUAUGACAUUGUAUCAGUAAUACCAACAUCUACAAAUGCCUUUCAGCUUGCCUGUGCCUGCAAAGAUGUUGACUUGAUCUCGUUUGACCCCAAUGUUCGAUUACCGAUGUUAAACCGUAGAAUUUACAACCAAGGAUUAGCCAAUAGUAUAUUCUAUGAAGUUCCUUACGCACCUGCUAUUAUUGAUGCAGGAAAGCGGAAAACCGUUAUUCAAAUGGCUCACGCAUAUCAUGCCUACGGGAAAUCAAAGAAUGUUGUAAUCACAAGUGGAGCAUCGGAGAUAGGAAAAGUGAGAGGACCCUAUGAUGUCACUAAUUUGGCGUUAUUGCUGGGUCUAAGUGAAGAGCAAGCCAAACACUCCAUGUCUAACACUUGCAGAUCAUUAAUACUCAGAGCUGAAGGUCGAAGGUUCGGCAAAACAGCGAUGACAAUGAUGAUCACCGGCCUAGAACUAGAAAGUGAGGAAGCGUCGGACGAAGAACCUGUUGCCAAGAGAUACAAAAGUGCUGCAGAAUGCGAUAUUGAGAUGGCUUUUUCAUGA